UUCCUUCUUCACUUGCUCACGCUUCUCUCUCUCUCUCACACACACUCACACCCACCCCAACCCUAACCCUCUUUCUUCCUUUCUUCAAUUCCUCACUCAUUCGCCACCAAACCUCUCUCAUCAAACCUAAACACAACUUUAAAUUAUCAAAUUAACUAAAACAUCUCAACCAACAAACCUAAACCACUUAGAUGAGGUUGCCACUCUAGUACCAUACAAAUUAACUCUUCAAUUAUCUUCUACUGCUACAAAAUUCAGUCCAAUGGCAUUUUGCUCUGAAAUGGGAACUUGAAUAUUUCUCUUUGGUGCGUUCCAUGCGUAUAUGAUCCAACUGUAUCAACGAUUAAGUGAUGGGGGGUAUUUGUUCUAGGAAGAGAGAUCAACAAGUCCUGGAUGAUGAUUUACACACAGGAUUUUCGGGAAGGUAUUGUAGAAGUUGUAGCACAAAAUGGUCGAGGGCCAGGAGUUUACGUUCUAAGGCAAAUCAUUGUCCUGGAAGGGGAACCUGCCCCUCCCUCAUGGAUUUGUGCAUAAAUAAGAUACGUGAGGAUUUUCAUAAAUACAAUUCCUUUUCAAUUCUUCCAAGAGACAUUAGCCAGCAAAUCUUCAAUGAAUUGGUUGAUUCUCAUUGCCUGACGGAAGCAUCUCUCGAAGCUUUCAGAGAUUGUGCUCUUCAGGAUAUUGACCUUGGUGAAUACGUUGGAGUGCAUGAUGGUUGGAUGGAUGUUAUCUCUUCGCAAGGGCUAUCUUUACUUUCGGUUGAUGUUUCUGGUUCUCAAGUAACAGAUAAUGGACUGCGACUCUUAAAGGAUUGCUCAAAUCUUCAAGCACUGGCUCUCAAUUACUGUGACCAAUUUUCAGAAUAUGGACUCAAAUACAUUAGUGGUCUUUCAAACUUGACUUCCUUGAGUAUCAGGAAGAGUAGCACUGUCAAACCUGAUGGAAUGCGUGCUUUCUCCAACUUAUUUAAUUUGGAGAAGUUGGACCUUGAGAGGUGUUCAGAGAUUCAUGGUGGAUUUGUUCAUCUUAAAGGUUUGAAAAAUCUUGAGUCACUUAACAUUGGAUGCUGUAAAUGUGUUACAGAUUCAGACAUGAAGUCUAUCUCAGAGCUUAUAAAUUUGAAGGAGUUACAAAUUUCCAACAGCAGUAUUACUGAUAUUGGGAUUACUUAUUUAAGAGGUUUGGAGAAGCUUACCACAUUAAAUGUUGAAGGAUGCAAUAUUACUGCUGCAUGUUUUGAGUCUAUUCACGCCUUAGCUUCCUUGGCAUGCUUGAAUCUCAACAGAUGUGGUCUCUCUGACGAUGGAUUUGAGAAAAUUUCUGGUCUUAGAAGCUUGAAGAGGUUAAGCCUGGCUUUUAACAGGAUCACAGAUGCAUGUUUAGUUCAUUUGAAAGGUUUAACAAAUUUAGAGUAUUUGAAUCUGGAUUCUUGCAGAAUAGGUGAUGAUGGGCUUUCUAAUUUGACAGGCCUCACACUCUUGAAAAGUCUAGUGUUGUCUGACACUGAAAUUGGGAACAGUGGGCUGCGAUAUGUAUCAGGUUUAAAUAAACUGGAAGAUUUAAAUCUGUCAUUCACCACAGUAACCAACCAUGGCCUGGAAAGGCUGUCAGGAUUGACACAUCUUAAAUCACUUAAUCUGGAUGCCCGACAGAUUACUGAUACUGGACUCGCAAAUCUUACAAGUCUGAGUGGAUUGAUAUCGUUGGAUCUCUUUGGGGCACGCAUUUCAGACUCUGGAACCACAUAUUUACGAUCGUUCAAGAACUUGCAAUCCCUUGAAAUAUGUGGCGGAGGAUUAACUGAUGCCGGCAUAAAAAAUAUAAGAGAAAUUGUCUCCCUCACACAGCUAAAUCUGUCCCAGAAUUGCAACUUGACAGAUAAAACUUUGGAAUUGAUAUCUGGAAUGACAGCACUGAGGUCGCUAAAUGUUUCAAAUUCUCGUAUAACCAAUGAAGGACUACGGUAUCUGAAGCCUUUAAAGAAUUUACGCACUCUUACCUUGGAGUCUUGCAAGGUUACUGCUUCUGAAAUUAAGAAGCUUCAGUCAACUGAUCUUCCAAAUUUGAUCAGCUUUCGGCCAGAAUAGACCAGGAGAAUGAGAGAAUUAUGUUAUCUGCCUUGUGAACAAUUCUCUGUACAUAUUAAGGAUCUGUUUGGAUAGUUAAGAAAUGUACAUAAAAUUGGCAUGCAAGAAUGUAAGUAUGCUUUAUUUUGCAUGUUUGUAUUUCCCAGUCUAAGAAAAAUUGUACAAAAAUCUUUAUUUUCCACUUUCUCCCCUGGGUGUAGCUGAUUGGUGGGGCUAUCUGUAGUAUCUGUGCAUAAUGUAAUAACAUUCUGAUAUGUGUAAUGAGGAUGUUUGGACCCGAGUUAUGGUGCGCGUUAUUGUAUCCGUAUGUAAUGAAUUGUACUUGACCGAGAAGAGAAUUGUGCCCGUUGACUAGCUUUUA